AAAUUUGUACAACAAAUACCCUUCAACUUUUCAAUUAUUACACUUCGCUACCCUCUGAAAACCAGAUAUAAAAUCCACCUCUGGCGCUUCUAUUCCCCUCACCCCACCGCUUUCCGAAGCUAGUCAACAUCUCUCCUCUCGUCGUAAUCAUGGUCGGACAACCAACCGUCACCGUCAAACCCAGCCGUAGCGACGAGAUAAUCGACUCCGAUCAGCAGCUUCAGAUCGCCGAAAAAGUUAGAUCUCACUUCGAUUCAAUUCUCCCCAAACGUCCUCCCAAACCCAACCGCAGUGAUCCCGAUUACGUCUCACCGGAACCACUCUCCGAUGAAGCAAUCGCUAUUAUUCCAGAGCUUCUCAAGUUCCGAUCCCUCUUAUCUCAACCUCAAGGUGUAGUUUCCGGUGGUAAUACGACGGUGGAAGACGAGUUCGUGGAGACCGGAUACUACAAACAGUUGGUUUCAAUUGAUAAAGAGCAUCACACGACAGGGAAUGGAUUUAUAAAGGUAGCAAGGGAGGAAACCGGAGAUAAUGGUUUAUACGAUCUCCGGUUGCAGAUCGGAAUUAAUGGCGGAUACAGAGAUCAUAUCUUCAAAUCAAACCCUGCAACAAACGAUUGGGUUCCUUCAAGUGAUGAUUACUAUGAUCAACUGCAAAUAUUAUCAUCGUCUUCGAUUAAUUGAUGGUUUCGUGAUUGAAUUAUGUGGGUUUUGAAGGAUUAAUCAUUGCUCGUCGAAUCGUCAUCUUCGAUUUUAGUAAUCGAGUUUGCGUACUUUAUAUGAAAAGUAUAUAUUUAUGAACUGGGUAAGAUUAAUCAUGUAUUUUAAAUAAAAAUUAAUGUUGAAAUAGCCAAGUGUGACUCUUUUUUAACC